AUGUUUUUCAGAUGCGAUCUCACCUCGCCUCUAGAUAAGGGUCUUCCUAAAUUAGCAGUAACAAAAGAUAGCUUCUUGAGUCACAUGAUCAGCAAAGAAAGAGUUUAUGGCCUUUUCUCUGAUGAUUUCGAAUUGACAGAUACUAUUUCAUUUGCUACUAUAGAGUCUGAUAUGUCAGCAGCUCAGCAUUCUCAGCAUCAUAUCUGA